AAUAAAAUAACCCUGUUGACAGUGUAAAGAGUGCUUCUAUCUGGGGUCAAGGCCAGAGCAAUGGACACCUCAUCCCACUCAGCCUCAUCCUCUUCCUCUGAUAGAGCCCUGAGCAGUGCUGAUAAAGUCUUCCUCCUAAGAGCCUAGAGACCUUUUUUAAAAAGUGCUUGAGAAAGAAGGGGACAAAGGAACGGUGAUAUUAAGGGAACUUUCCAGUCUGUUUCUGGCAGUUGGUCCAGAAAGAUGCCUCAGUUCCUGCUUCUCUCCUGCCUGUUCAUCAUGGUCACCUCAGUAUCGCCAAUGGCCCUAGAUCCUUGUUCUGCUUACAUCAGUCUGAAUGAGCCCUGGAGGAACACUGACCACCCAUUCGACGAGUCCCAAGGUCCUCCUCUGUGCGACAGCCAUGUGGACGGGGAGUGGUACCGCUUCACAGGCAUGGCGGGAGAUGCCAUGCCCACCUUCUGCAUACCAGAAAACCACUGUGGGACCCAUGCACCUGUCUGGCUCAAUGGCAGUCACCCCCUAGAAGGUGAUGGCAUUGUGCAACGCCAGGCCUGUGCCAGCUUCAAUGGGAACUGCUGCCUAUGGAAUACCACGGUGGAGAUCAAGGCUUGCCCUGGAGGUUACUAUGUGUAUCGCCUCACCAAGCCCAGUGUCUGCUUCCAUGUCUACUGUGGUCAUUUUUAUGACAUCUGCGAUGAGGACUGCCAUGGCAGCUGCUUGGAUACCAGCGAGUGCACGUGCUCUCCAGGAACCGUGCUAGGACCUGACAAGCAGACAUGCUUUGAUGAAAAUGAAUGUGAACAAAACAAUGGUGGCUGCGGUGAGAUCUGUGUGAACCUCAAAAACUCCUACCGCUGCGAGUGCGGGGUUGGUCGCGUGCUAAGCAGUGAUGGCAAGACUUGUGAAGACAUUGAAGGAUGCCACAAUAACAAUGGUGGCUGCAGCCAUUCUUGCCUUGGAUCUGAGAAGGGCUACCAGUGCGAAUGUCCCCGGGGCUUAGUGCUCUCUGAGGAUAACCAUACUUGCCAAGUUCCCGUGUUGUGCAAGUCGAACACCAUCGAAGUGAGCGUCCCCAGGGAGCUGGUUGGCGGCUUGGAGCUCUUCCUGACGAAUACCUCCUGCCGGGGAGUGUCCAACGGCACCCACGUCAACAUCCUCUUCUCCCUCAAGACGUGUGGCACAGUGGUCGACGUGGUGAAUGACAAGAUUGUGGCUAGCAACCUUGUGACAGGGCUACCCAAGCAGACCCCAGGGAGCAGCGGGGACAUUAUCAUCCGAACCAGCAAGUUGCUGAUCCCGGUCACCUGCGAGUUUCCACGCCUGUACACCAUUUCUGAAGGCUACGUUCCCAACCUUCGGAACUCCCCGCUGGAAAUUAUGAGCCGAAACCACGGGAUCUUCCCGUUCACGUUGGAGAUCUUCAAGGACAAUGAGUUUGAAGAGCCUUACCGGGAAGCUCUGCCCACUCUCAAGCUUCGCGACGCCCUCUACUUUGGCAUUGAGCCCCUGGUGCACGUGAACGGCUUGGAAAGCUUGGUGGAGAGCUGCUUCGCCACCCCUACUUCCAAGAUCGACGAGAUCCUGAAAUACUACCUCAUCCAGGAUGGCUGCGUUUCAGAUGACUCUGUAAAGCAGUAUACAUCCCGGGAUCACCUAGCAAAGCACUUCCAGGUUCCGGUCUUCAAGUUUGUGGGCAAAGACCACAAGGAGGUGUUUCUGCACUGCCGGGUUCUUGUCUGUGGCAUGCUGGACGCGCGUUCCCGCUGUGCCCAGGGUUGCCAUCGGCGAAUGCGGCGUGAGGCGGGAGGAGAGGACUCAGCUGGUCUACAGAGCCAGGUGCUGACAGGCGGCCCCAUCAGCAUCGACUGGGAGGACUAGUUUGUGGCAACUAGCCUGUCCCUGCUUCAGGUCGCUCUGCCCUGCCUGGAGCUUCCCCCACAGCGUUUGAACGUCAGCCAACUUCCUAGAACACCUAACCUCUUUACACGUCACACUGAGUUUAGACAAUGCCCAGAACCGACUCACCGUGAUUCUGGUCCAUUGGGUCGGCACAGGUCACAGCGCUGCUGAACAGCGUGGCCUGGGUGGGGUUUCAUCUUCCUGAUGUUUGUCCAGAAAGCAGCUCACCCCAUUUCCCUCAUGUCUUUCCUACAAUUAAAUACCUCGUGCAUGAUGCAAUAGGACCACUAAAAUCAGAAGUUGGGUAUAAUAUUUUAAGUUAGUAACCUUAAGAAAAUUUAAGUAUUUACUGAAAUAAUGACUUAAAUACCAAAUGACUUCUUAAAUAUGUAAAUAAUAAUAAUUGUACCCUGAAAUUCCAAUUUAAAUGCAGAAUAGCUAUAGGGGAUUUAGAAAUUUACCCGUACAACAUUGUAUAAUUU